AUGAUUGUAAAAAGUCUAAUAUUGAUAUUAAUCAAUUACAUAAAACAAAAGGUGUUACAUCAACAUCAUAUACUUACCUAUGCUACAAGUGUUGAAUCAACGGGUCGACGAACAUUUUUUAAUCAAGGUGGCACUAAUGCGUUACUUAGUGAUAUUCAUUUUGAGUUUAAUUAUUUAACUAAUGGAAAACAUUAUAAUUUAUUUUAUCUUGGUUAUUUAACAAUACUUAAUGAAUUAGCUCGCAUUAUUGAUAAUGCAACUAUUGCAGGAAAAGUACUUAAAAAAGCAAAAGAUCAUGGUUUAAAAAUAAUAGAUGAUUUUGUUAGUGCGCAUAGUUUAUUGUAG